AUGAAGCGUUCUUUUAGUGAGAGUGAUUCAGACGAGGGAUAUCUUUUUGUGCAAAAGUAGGUUAUUUUAAAAUUAAAAAAAGACCUUCGAUUCUGUUCUUGAUGCGCCUUAUAGGAUUAUUAAUAGUUUUAUUAUCUAUAUUUCAUCCAAGUUCCGAUGCACCCGACAACGAAAAUUCCGAAGUAAGUGCUCGGAAGAGACGUCGAGGGGUAAGGAAAACUGUUUAGUUAAUUCAUGUUUCAAGAGCAAGAAAACAAAAUUUAACGAUAGGGAAAAAUGCUCAAAAUCAUUUUUUAUCGACAGCAAAUUGAGAAGAAACGGCGAGACCGCAUAAACAGCUCUCUCGCAGAGUUGCGACAACUGGUGCCUGCUGCCCUUCAAAAACAGGUGAGUGACUCUACUCUAAAAAUUAGCUUGAUGCUUUCACUGUAAACGAUAAAUGUUGCAGCAAGACUAAGUGGAAAGGCUUUAUAGAAUUGACCCAGUAAUGAUACGUAUCCAUGGUCAACAACUGUUUUAUUCUUCGCCUCAAAAUUAUCCCUCUUGACAUUUCUUGUGUAGGAAUCCGAGGGGAGCAAUAUCGUGUCAUUUAUCACUUUACUCAUCUAUUAAUCUAGUACAAAUUUACUUUUAAGGGCUCGACAAAGCUGGAAAAGGCAGAGAUCCUUCAGUUGACCGUGGAGCACUUGAGAGGUUUAAAAUACGGCGCUGAAUAUAACCCAGGUUAGAGAUCAUUAUAAACAUGAACGGCAACUUGUUAAGAACAUUGCUCUCGCAAGAAUAACAGCACUUGGAGAGAGGCCAGAAUUUUUAAGGGCUUUUAAAACGCACAUGGCUGAUAAAAGGUCAUAGAAUAUGAAUGAGACCACAAAACAGGAAUUUGAGAAGCGUAUAAGCUACGUAAGAAAAGCAGAAGUUUCUUAGAGUGUUUGUAGUCGGCUGCGCAAUCAACAGAAGCGAAUACGCGAGAUAUAAUUUGCCUCUUUCUCGUGGUUUUCACCCAGUAUAUAAGUAUUACGAUGAUAAACGCGAAGGAUCAAUACGGUUUAAUUACAAGAGCACAAAUCUAUAUCACUCACCGCUCGUCGUGCGGAAGGAUUGUGCUUGCUUUGCUAAUGUACUCUGAGCACUCAUGUAUAUUCAUCUGAUCUUUCACCCACAGGUUUUACUAACACGCGCCCAAUUGAUGAGCGCAUACCAAGACGCCAGGAAUGCAUGGCCGAGGGUAAGCCAUGCUUAUCCGCCUUGACAGAAGGUUCGGAAACCGCAUGCAUGUCUCCUGCAAGGCGGCAAAUCACAAAUCAUCUCAACUGGAAUACUUCAUUACAGAGCGGUUACCACUGCGGUCCGAGCCCGCCAAGCACGACUACAAUAGCUUCAGCAUUGAAAACUGAAUCAAACUUGUCAGCACCUUGGCAAAGUUCAAGUGCAAUUUUAUCAUGCGUUAAACAGGAUGUUAACGACAAUUUUCAAAAAGACCAGGAUCAAGUGUACAAGGGAAAAGAUUGGCGUUUAUCUGUAGCUCUGAAUUACCCCAUAAUUCUUCCAAUUCAAGCACCGGGUCUUUCUAAUGUUCUGCGCUCCCCGUUAGGAGAUACAGUACCUUUGAUUGACUUGUCGAUGGCCUUGAUAACGAAAACCAACAUUUCUGCCCCUUUCAAAGCCCCUUGGGCGCCAUAAAGCGAAAUGAAGCGAAAAUAGGUUGGCGUUGGAAAAUGAGAAAUUAUUCAUAACAACUCUAGUUCACUGUCGCGAAAACAAAGUCUUUGAUUAAGGCAUAAACACUGCUCAACUUUCUUCUUUGUUAGACCAAGAAGCUGACAAGAAUAAUUUACCCCGAUAGGUAACCUUGAACAAAGAAUCGUUUCUAAAAGAAAAAGGGAUUAUUUCUUUUAGAAAUUUAAUUGAAUGAAAUUCGAUGAAAAAGAGUACAUCGAUAUUAGAGAACCUUUUUGUUUGCUCUUAAUCAACUGUCAGUUAAACGUUAAAGUAAACACAUUUUUUCUCUUUUUGGAGGAAUUAACUUUGAUUGCAUGUUACUGAUGUCUGCUUCUGCGGCUGAUAUUUUGUAUAACAAUUAAAGCAUUACAAAUAUUUCCCAUUUCUAAAACCACCGGCUUUUGUGGGAUAACAGACAAAAUAUUUCAGUCUUAGAUAAUACGAGUAAGAUGAACGAAAAAUCUUGCCUAGGGGGAUAUUGCUUAAUAUUGACACGUGCGCUAAAAAUGGCCUUUGUAUCAGUCAGUCUGUGCGCAUUCAUCAGAAAAAAUGUGCAUUUAAAUUUUUUGUAUUUUCCCUCGCUUGAAAAGUUGUUCAUUAAAUAAUGGCCCUUACAGCUCUUUGUUUGCUGUCUGUGGGUUGUGGUUACAG